CGCGCCGCCGCCGCUGUCUGCGUCUCCGCAGUGAGGUCACGGGGAGGCGGCGGCGCGCGCGGGCGAGCGAGAGCGACACUGCCGAGGGAGGGAGGGAGGCCCCCGCGCGGCUCCGGAGGCAGCGGAGCCGAGCCCGCACAACGGAGAGAUGAGUUGGUGCCUGAUGGAGAAGCCAGCGGUCUGCGGGCAGGAAACGUGCCCUGCUGUCUGCGCUGCCUAAGAGCCCAGCAGGGCUUUGUAACACCGUCCCUUCCCACUCGGCUGCCCUCCCGGAGGCCCCGGCAUAGCGCUGUCCUGGCCUGGCCUGGCCUGGCGUGGCAUUGAUUGCGUGUCUGAGGGAGUUCAGAUAAGCCACAACUGACAUUUGUUUGACAGAGAAGCUAGAGAGAUGCGCCCUCACGGUUUCUUUCUGUAAACGCGUGGCGGUCGGCGAUGGAAGGCCCGCAGGCAAACUUCCCCCUGCGCCCUGGCUCCGACCAGAAAGUGAAUAGGAUGCGGGAGGAUGGGAGCCCUCCGGUAAAGAAAGCAAUGACAGAAAUGCAUGGAAAUACUGAGUUCCCAACUGGGGUGAGUAAGAUGCCCACCAUCAAGAAGGAAAACUUGGAUGAAUAUGAUGAAACUCCCAUGGAGGUGGAUAGAGAAAAUGUCAAGUCAGACAGCGCUGCUGUAUCUGAGCGCCUGAGUUUAAACCCUGGUUUGAAACACACCUUGGCACAGUUCCACUUAAGUAGCCAGAGUUCGCUGGGUGGACCAGCCGCUUUUUCCGCUCGCUAUUCUGAGGAAAGCAUGUCUCCCACCGUUUUCUUGCCUCUUCCAUCGCCGCAGAUACUUCCUGGCCCCUUGCUCGUCCCUUCAGAUAGUUCCACGGAGCUCACUCAGACUACGCUGGAGGGGGAAUCUAUUUCCUGUUUUAAAGUUGGUGGAGAAAAGAGACUCUGCCUACCUCAAGUCUUGAAUUCUGUGCUCCGAGACUUUUCCCUCCAACAAAUUAAUGCAGUUUGUGAUGAAUUGUACAUAUACUGUUCAAGAUGCACUUCUGAUCAGCUUCAUAUCCUAAAGGUAUUGGGGAUCCUUCCAUUUAAUGCCCCAUCCUGCGGGUUGAUCACGCUGACUGAUGCGCAAAGAUUAUGCAAUGCUUUACUACGUCCUCGCACUUUUCCUCAAAAUGGCAGUCUGCUUCCUGCUAAAAACACGUUGGCUCAACUUAAAGAAACUGGCAGUGCCUUUGAAGUAGAGCAUGAAUGCUUGGGCAAGUGCCAGGGUUUGUUUGCACCUCAGUUCUAUCUUCAGCCAGAUGCUGCCUGUAUCCAGUGUUUGGAGUGUUAUGGAAUGUUUUCUCCACAGACAUUUGUGAUGCAUUCACAUAGAUCUCCUGAUAAAAGGACCUGCCACUGGGGUUUUGAAUCAGCCAAAUGGCAUUACUAUCUUCACAUUAACCAAAAAUAUUUAGGAACAUCAGAAGAGAGGGAGCUGAAGCAUCUCUUGGAGGAAAUGAAGGAGAAAUUUAGCGUGAAAAAUCAGAAAAGAACUCAGUCCAAAGCGGAUCCCCAGGGAAGCCUAGAAUUACAGCAGUGGUAUCCAGUUAUAAAGCAGGAAGCAGACCCUGCUACUCAGUCACCUUCAUUCAUCCAUCCAAGUUACUACCUUUACAUGUGUGAUAAAGUGGUUGCACCAAAUGUGUCCCUUACGUCACAGUGCAAAGAAGCUACAAAAGCAGCAGGCAGAAGUUCAGAAGUAAUGAAAUCCUUACCUGGACAGUCAGAGAAACAGCUCAGUAGUAGUAAACGCAAAAAAGGUGCCUCCUACCCAGAGCUGUCGCUUGAAGAGCUGGAAAAAAUAGACUUAAAAACUAGCACAGAACAACAUAAACAUUUUGAUCCACCACUGUCAAAUAAUUCAGCAAGAAGUGGAAAAUCUGAAUGUGUCUCAUCCAAAGCAACUGCUGCAUCUAACCGUGUUGAAAUAGGUAGUAGCACACCAACCUUCUCCCCAGCUCUCAAGGACAUCAGUUGUGAAGAUGACAAGGGAAGAAUCAUGGAGGAAGUUAUGAGAACCUAUAUUAAGCAGCAAGAAAAACUGAAUAUUAUAUUGCAAAAGAAGCAGCAGCUUCAAAUGGAAGUGGAAAUGUUAAGUAAUUCUAAAGCUAUGAAGGAAUUAACUGAAGAACAGCAGAAUUUACAGAAAGAACUUGAAUCUUUGCAGACUGAGCAUGCUCAAAGAAUGGAAGAAUUUUAUGUUGAGCAGAGGGACUUGGAGAAGAAAUUGGAACAGGUGAUGAAGCAAAAAUGUACCUGUGACUCGAAUCUAGAAAAAGACAAGGAGGCUGAAUAUGCAGCACAGUUGGCAGAACUGAGACAGAGAUUGGAUCAUGCAGAAGCAGAUAGACAAGAGCUCCAGGAUGAACUGAGACAGGAACGAGAAGCAAGAGAAAAGUUAGAGAUGAUGAUAAAAGAAUUAAAGCUACAGAUUUUGAAAUCUUCAAAAAAUGGAAAAGGAAAAUAGAUAUUGGGAAAGGUGAACACAAUUGUGUUCUUCAAACAGGGUUGUUUUUUUGUAGUUGAAUUGUGAGCAGUUUUUCUGUAUAAUAAAACAAGGUAUUCUCUAUGGACUUCUCAAACAGAAAACCAAGAUAAAGAAAUAAGUGGAUGGAUGUACAUUUUUUCCUAGCUCAUGAAAAUCUGCAUUUAUUUGUAUUGGUGAUUUUUCAGAGACAACUGUUAAAGAUAUGAAACUUUUGUUUUAGAACAAUUAAUUUCCCUCUCUUUCUGAUGCAGUAUUGAGGGCUGUGUACCUUUUUUAAAGCAGCAUUUUAUGUUUGAAAUAUACUGUGGUGGUUUUUAUUUUGCUACUUGUUGCACAUCCCGUUAUAGAAGUACAUUUUUAAAAUGUUGCUUUUUUUUAAAUCUAAGAUUCAAAACCAGAAUUUGAGCUUCAGUAAAAAGUCUUUCCUCUCUGUUUGGUGACAAGGAAGGCAUUUUCAUGUUUAUGUUGCAGGGUGGCAAGUUGAUGAAAGGGAGCUGUUUGUCAUAAAUUUACUAGCCUAAAUUUUUUCAUCCAUAUAAAUUUUCAUCUAUACAUUUUUCAAUAUAAUUUUUCAUCUUUUAAAUAUUAAGUAUUUAACAUUUUUUGUCAAGAUUACAAAAAAAUUAUAUACUUUUAACAUUUUGGAAAGAAGAUAUCAUUAUUAUGUACUUCUUGUGAAAAGGAAUAACAAAAAUGCAUGAAAAACUUUAAAAAUAAUCUACCCCUACUUCCAGAUAGCAGAUAUGGGAAAAAAAAGUCUAAUGGAUUAAAUUUGUAGGUUUUCUCCUUUAAUAGGAAGGUUCAGGUAAUGGUGAUAUGAAAAUACUAAUGACCUAGCGAAUAACACUUAGUUAUGUAUGUAACACUAAGUUACAUACAUUAGUUACUUUUCAGUGGGGCAGCCUCUUUUUUUUUCUUUUUUGUACAGACUUUUGGUAUGUGAAAAACAGGGUUUAAUUGACAUUUAGGUAAUUUAUUAAACAUUUCGAAAAAAACAUUUCAGCUAUGGCACUUUGAAAGACAUUAUAAUGCUUACUGUGUUUAAAUGUUAUGGUAAAUAUUUCUACAAGCUGCAGAAACAGCAUGUUCAUUUAACCAUAACAUCUGAAAAUUAAUUCUAGUACAGAAUUCUCAUAUUGGCGUACCUGAUACUAGCUUCGAGAAAUUCUGACAUGGGAUCCCAAAUGCUUAAUUUUAGAAUGCCUUUGUUAUUAGAAGCCUGACAGGGUAAGGGAAGGAUUGCAUCAUUGAAUAGAAAAAUAUCUCUCUUUUUGUUUUGAAAAGUUUGACAUGCCCUUGAUAGAUUUUUUUUUUUCGAUUAUGUCAGUGAUUAGAAGUAUUUUAGUCUCUUCAGUGCUCACAGCAUAAUCUGAGUCUGUCACAAAUUGAACCUUUUUGCUAUGGUGCUUGUGCCUUUACUGUAUUCAGAAAGGGUAAAUUAAUGGUGAAGAAGGCCAUUAAUACAGUUUCUGCUUCCAUAUUUGCUUUGAGUUGGUUAAGUUUUCUGGGAAUUUUAAUUUUUUCAUGCAUUGUUUCAAUUAAAUCAUAAAUAUGAGAAAAAGAAAAAUUAAGUUGGGAUAUAUCUCACAUGCUGCUUGUUCAAUUUGGAGAGGUGAAACUAAAGUAUGUUUGACAUGCUUGUUAGAAUUGUCGUUUAUUCUUAAUGUCACAUUUACACUGAAAGUUAAAGCAUGUUUGAAGCAGUUUGAAACAUGAAUUGUAUGAAUUGGAGUAACAGGUUUUUCUCUCUCUUUGGUUAUUCUUUUAAAAAAUAUACACCUAUCUACGCUGGCCUGGUCAAAUCUCGUUUUAAGGGCGGUUAUGAGGUAGAAGGAAAAAGUGCCCAUAGGAAACUGAUUCACUCGGUGUAUAUUUGUGUAUUCAAAAUCAUAUAUUCUUGUUUUAAAGAUUAUAUAUAUUUUAAUCCCAUUAGCCUAGACAAUGCAGCUAUGGGAGAAUGAGUGCAAGCUUAGUCUGAUUUAUGAAACAGAAGUUAACUAUGUACUGAUUCUAAAAUCCUUAUCAGAUGCCCAAGCCUGGAAGAGCACAAGUUAGCUCUUGGAUCCCAGGCUGAAUUUCUCAGGUUGGCAGAUGGAUGGGGUAGGGGAAUAAUCUUUUUUUCAAACUCUUCAGAAAGUUUAAUUUGAGUGUCACCAAAAAGGCAGUAAAUAAAAAAUCCUAUUAUUUUAUUAUUUUAAGUCCAUCUUAUUUUUCAGACUGUAUCUUCAUUGUAAAACUUAAAUCUGGCCUUCACCUGUUUCAAUUGUCAAUGUAGGUGUGCACUUCGAACAUCUUUGAAUUAGUUUAUUUACCGCAGUAUUUCAUGUUCUAGCAGUUGAAGUGGUAGAAUCUGGACUGGAUUAUUGCUGUAGAAUACUAUAUAUUUUUAUUCACUUUUCACUAAUCACUCAAAAAUUAUUUUUUUUGCUCAAGUUUUCCAUAGUCGUGAGUGCUAAUAUAGGCAAGGUUCAGUGUCUCCACCAGCAUUUUAAACACCCUGUCAGCUUUGUUCCAUAGGGGUUUGCCUGAUGCAAUGCUUAAGAUGCUAAAAGCCAUGAUCUCUAUUAGUAUUUCUAUGAUGGCAGUCACUCUGGAGCUAUGGUAAAUUUUACAUGGAAAAAAUCUAGUUGCAAAUAAGGCCUCUUAAGGUGCAGACAGAAGUGACAAUUUUCCUGAUCUGGCCACAAAAAAGCAGUUUAUAGUUGUGACCAAACACAAGUGCAUGGCUGUAAACAGCUUAAAAAAUGGCAGAUUGGGUGAAAAUCUGACCCCUCAUUGCAUGAGGUGUCAGAUAAAGAUGUCUUGUAACUUGUGUCUAGGAGCUCCCAGCCUAAUUUUCUUUUUGGAAUGGAAUGGGGGGGGGGGGGAGAGGGAGCAAAGGGAGUUCAGUCUGGGGGGUUUUCAGCCCCCCCUAGAGGGUGGGGCAGAUGUAUUGCAGACCCCCUGAAGUGAGGCCAGGGGGGUUCCAAUUUACACCCCCCUUUCAGCAGCAGCUGGGAAGCCCCAAGAAUAAGCUCCCUCUGUUGCUUUCUCCCCUCCUCCCAUUGUGAAAACAGUGAGCAAGGGCACAGAGCCUGGCCACCCACCACUAUGGGAAUGUGGCUCCAGGCUCCCAGCUGCAGCUAGGUUUUCCCUCCCCCCUGGAACUAACAGUGAACUUUUGGUCUGGGGUAACGGUGCAACUCUGAAUGCUUUGCAAAAAUCAUUCUUAGUUGCAGCUGGGAGCUGCACUUCUUUCUGUCUGCACCCUUAUUCUAAUAUAUUGGCUGAAAAAGCUUAAUUGAGAAUUGGUCUAAAGUCUCUUUUAGUAGCCUUGUAAAUAUAUAAUUUACAAUAAUUUUAAAUAAUUGUAUUUUUUUUUUUAAUACUGAAUAAGGACAUUUUCAUUUCCAGUUCAUUACAUAACAAUUCCCAUAUGUGUAAACUUAAUUUUAUAUAGAUUUUUAAGUAAUAAUGUAUAAAUAAAUGUGCCAUAGAUUUUUGUGUCCAUAGUCACUGAAAGAUGGUUUUGUAGUAAAUUGUAAAUAAUACUGUAUAAGUUCUAGAAUAAAUAGUUAUGUUGAGCUCUUUCACUAAUUUAUAAUAAUUAAGACAAACAGUUUAUUUUACAGCCUAAUACAGAGACUAGGAAUGAACCCUUAAGGGACCUCCAGCAAAAGUUGUCCUGUCACAAUGAACAUGCUCGUUUAGUCAUAGCAUGCUCGUUUUACUUGCGAAUUAAUAAUGGAGUUUAUUUUAACUCUAAUUUUUCUGUGCUGAUCUUUUAGACUGGAAGUUUAUUUUCCAGAUUGACUUAAAGUUAAUCUUGAUAAAAGAUUAAAAUAUUCUUAACUUGAAUCUGCAUUAAUGAACAAUUAGUUGAGAAAUAAAGUUGCCUUAGAGCACUUUGAGAAUAAAAUUAGUAGUAUUCAACAUGUACCUAGUGCUAAUAUACCUUCUGAGGGAGAACUUUCAUGUGCUAUGUGUACUCAAUUCUGCAAGAAAACCUAAUGAUUCUAGAAAACUAGUAAAUCUUUUGUAUUCUGGCACUCUGAAAGCACCCUGAUUCACAAAUGUGACCACUUAAAACUCAGUGAAACAGAUUUUAGCAGAUCUCCAAGGUUAAAUUUAAAGAAUCUGUGCUUUAGUUUUUGUAAAAUUUGUCCUUUUAGCUUGAGUAUUAGGUAUACAUAGUAGUUAUGUUUUACAUUAUUAAACUAAGUUUAUUCUAUAUUUAAUAUAUUAAUAGCUUAGAUGUAAAAUCAUUUGUAUAUAGUAAGGGUAUGAUGCAGUUACUUAAGUUGGCAAAGUCAAGAGGGAGUGUAAAACUCUUGGUGGGUUGGCCUGAAGAGCACCACUCAGGCUCAUGGUCAGGAAGUCAUGAACCACGUUUAUUCAUAUAUAUUCAUCAGUUUGCGAAAAAAAAUCAAAUUUGCAAUUAACUAUAAUGCGACACUAAAUUGUAGAAACAUUUUCCUAGGAUUAAUUGUGAAGCUAGUCUUAAAAUACAUGGUCAGCUUCCUAAAAAAUUCUUUCUUGUUAGUACGGUAUAUAUUUUGACUAGCCAGUAAGGAUAUUAACGUUAUACUUUUUCUGCACUUAACCCAUAUAAUUAAUCCACAUGACAGAAUUUUUAUAGCAUGGUAAAAUUAAUAAAAUACAUAAAUACACCUGCCUUCAAUUCUGUGCUUGCACUAUUUAAGCAGUUUUAUCUUAAGCUGUCAGCAGUAAAAAUAUCUUAGUACAAAAACCUGUAGAUUUUACUAAUGUUACAGAGGUUCAACAAAGGUUCAUUGCAUUUGUAGUAUCAGAGACAGUCAAACAUUUCCCUUACUAGAGGUUUUGUUCUAGAAUUAGUUAUGUUGGACUCCUAUAGUCCAAAAGGGCAUCUAUUAUUUUUGCUUAGUUUUUACUUUUUAUGAAAGUAAAGGUCAUCGGCUUACAGACUGCACAGUGCAUUUCACAGUAUGUCUCCGUUACUACAUAGAAUAGAACGUUUUCUGCAGUUACUGUUUUAGUUGAAAAAAGCUUGAAAAACUGGUGGGUUUGAAGCAUUACUUAAGCACAGCAAAACAAAAGGUUUUAAAAAUAAAGCAGAACACUUGGAAAUCAGUCAAAUGUUUUAAAAAAGAUUACAAUUUUUUUUUCCAAAUAUAGAUACCUCACUAGAAAACAUUGAAAGCACAGUUGUACUUUAUUUAAAAUAAUUCUAGGAAAUAAAGUUUGUCUCCAUUUGUUUUGCUGCAAUUACGUUGCCUUCCAGGAUUAUAAGGUCUUUGACAGACAGAAUCUGUUUUGUGUUUUCAUAUUCACUGUUGGAAGUAUUGAUGUUGACAUGCCAGUAUAAUUAACCUUUAGAUUACAGAGAGUAUCUGUAAAGCUUUGUAGAAACUAUCUUCAAUCAAGACAAGUGAAAUAACUAUCUGAAACUGUAGUAAAAGCCUGAGAUAAAAUAAUCAGUGCAUUCAACAAUUUUUAAUACUUUGCCAAUGAUGUACAGUUUUAUUGUUCAAGUUGCUGUGGUUGCAUUACAUGACACACAAAACUGUCCUCUACCUCACGUGAGAUUUAACAGAUAUUUUAUAUGGUUUUAGUAAAAACAAGAUGCAUCUAUCUGGUCACUUAGUUUACAAAUUUUGAAUUAUAUUUAUUGAAACAUGACAUACUGUGCUCUUAGCUUAUACCUCAAUUGUAUUUUGUGCUGUUAUCCAUUUUCAUGCCUUGUAAAUACCCUGUAUAGAUGGUGGAUUCGAAUACAAAUAAAGAAAUGUAAUGUCAAA